CCCGCGUGCUGGCCCCUGUCCGGAGGAGGCCGCGGCUCGGGGGCCCCGGGGCGCCCCUUUCCCGUCGCGGAGCCCAGAAUCCCUCCCUGGCCACCCGUGCAGUGCGCGGUUCCCCGCUUGCUCAUUUCUUUCCUUUUUUUUUUUCCUUCUUCUUUUUUUGACAGGCAGAGUGGACAGUGAGAGACAGAAAAAGGUCUUCCUUUUCCGUUGGUUCACCCCCAAUGGCCGCAGCAGCUGGCACUGAUCUGAAGUCAGGAGCCAGCCCCCCAGGCACAGUCAUGACUCCGCAGGGUCCAUGCUGGGCAGGGACGGGGGCCGGAGCCCUCCCUGUGGCCCGGAGUCCCCUGGCUCGACUCCUGCUGGCGCGGACGGUCCUGUUGUGCAAGGCCAAUGUGUAUGGCUCCCGCUUCCACGCCUACUGCUGCCCCAGCUGGAGGACGCUGCCCGGCAGGAGCCAGUGUGUCAUGUAUUACCAGACUGGGUCCUGCUUUGGCCAGGUGGGCGCUGAGCGGUGCCAGCAGCAGCUGACUGGCCUCGCGUACACCAAGGCACUCUGCUGUGCCAACGUGGCCAGGGCCUGGGGCCUCCCGUGUGAGCCCUAUGCUGCACAGCCACACCCCUGCCGCCGUGGCUUCAUCCCCAACAUCCACACCGAGGCCUGCCAGGAUGUGGACGAGUGCUGGGCCAUGCCGGGCCAUGCCGGGCCUGUGCCAGGGUGGCAGCUACCUCAACACCGUGGGCUCCUUCGAGUGCUGCUGCCCGGCUGGACACCGGCUGGACGACGGUGGCACCACAUGUGAAGAUCUGGACGAAUGCCUCAGCCGGCCGGGCCCCUACACCGGCGGCGACUGAGCCAACAUGUGAGCUUCAUGUGCCUCUGUCCCCACAGCUUUGCCAGCAGCCUGGACGGCAGCCACUGCCAGGGGCAAGAAUACGAUUUUCAUUUGCCUUGAAAAUGGAUGUGAGUCGUCUGCAGCGGUCGGCUUCUUCUUCAGUGCCAUCCGUUCCUGUCCAGAAUGGAGUUACCCACUUGAAAUGACUGAGUUCUUUGGAGUGUUGUCCUCCUAAACUUAUCACAAAGCAGCGGUGAUUUCACUGUUCUUCCACCCAAGCUUCCCCAUAAAUCUGACAUUCAUUCUGGCUUCGAUGUUAGCAGAGUUCACGUUACCCACAGCAACUCUUUACAAUCUGAUGGCUUAUCUUUCCUGCUCAGACGUGCCAAAACAAGCCCCUGGGAGUGUGUUUUGGUGCCAAAAACACUUGAAAUACUGCAAAUUUUCCACCAUGUGCUUUUGAAAGAUCCUAUGUAUGAGUAUGUGUGUGUGUAGUUUUAACCAAUUAAAAAAAGUGAGUCCAAUAGAAAAAUGGGCAUGAAAAUAUAGUCAAUACAUGAAAAAUGAAACACAUGCAGCUUUGAAAUGUGUAAAAUGAUGUUUGGGGUGAAAUACAAUUGUAAAUAAUUACAUGGAAACACCAUUUUCUCACUGGUUACUUUGGCACAGACUUUGGCACAGAUGAUUCAAACUUGACCAGUGUAUAGAACAGACUCUUGAUCCUAAAGCGCAGGAAUUGAAUUUGUGACCUCAAUGUUGGACAUUCAGUAAAAUCUAUCAAAACCACACAAAACCUUUCACUCCGAGGACUGUAUGCUGGAGUAGACCUGCAUCUGUGUGAAAUGACAGUUUUAUGCACGGCAGCAAAAUACUGAACGAAAUAUACACGUGUGAAUGAUGGCUGCUUCCAUGGGCUGUAUUGUGGCUGGCUGUGCAAUGAGGAAAAGAGGCAGCCCUGUGUACGCUGAUAAGGAACAAUUUCCAAUAUAUUUCAUUUGGAAAAAAAGCAUCGGAUACGUCAGUAUUUAUGGAUGCUAUCAUUUCCUGUGAAACAUGCCCAGUGUGUGCAUUUGAAUAUUUCUGAACAUAUGCACUGGAAUCUGCUCAUCUUGGAAGAAUGUAGGAGAAACGCACUCGGGGCCUGGGGAACCAAACACAGAGGGCACCAUGCACCCUCCCUACCUUGCAUUUUAAGCCCUGCAAAGCUUCUGCGAAGAAUGCUGAAGCAAACAUGAUGCAACAUUAAUAUAUGUUCAGAGCUCUCUGCUAUGGCCUGAGAAAGCAGUAGAAGAUGGCCCAAGUGCCUGGGCACCUGCACCUGCGUGGGAGACCUGGAAGAAGCUCCUGGCUCCUGGCUCCUGGCUUUGGAUCCGUGCAGCUCCGGUUAUUGUGGAUAUUUGAGGAAUGAACCAGCAGAUGGAAGAGCUCUUGCUCUCUCUCUCUCUCUCUCUCUCUCUCUCUCUGCCUCUGCUUCUCUGU